AUGGUAACUAACAAUUACAAGGACACAAUGUUCCCUCCAGAGGGGGCAAAGGACAUGAAUUUGGACAGAUGCAUUCGUCUCCUUCCACACCACGGAGACACUGGAGGAUUCUUUGUAGCUGUUCUCGAAAAGACUGCUCCUCUCCCAUGGCAAAGUGAACAGAAGGAAUGCCCAGACCCGACGAAAGAGAAAAAAGAUGGAGAGCCGCCGCGAAAAAAACCUAAAACCUGGCGUAAAGGCACAUUCAACGAAGACCCCUUCGUCUUCAUGAAAGAAACGGACACCGAAUUAGAACACGUCAAAGAGUUCUACAAUCUUUCAGAUGAGUUCCAAAUGACGCAGGUUUUUAACCGACUCCGCGAAGAUAAAAAGGAGACAAGCAAGUGCAGGAACAUCUUCUUCGUUACGAAGAAGCUGUCCGAAAUUCUCAAGUACAACAUCGAGACGAUCAAAUUCAUCAACUCGGGUGUCCGUAUUUUCGCCCGAACAGAAGGCAAAAUGCAGGACGCAUUAUAUCGGGUUACCCAAGAUGGUAUCGAUAUUAUGCGAUUCUUCUGCAGAAAUCAAGUGACGACGAUUGAUCAGGUCGAAGACAUGCGAGUUCUUCUCAGAGAAGAGACUCCUGACUUUAAUCUAUAUUCGGACGCCGUCAAAGCGCAAAUUUGGAAAGACACGAAGAAUGGACCCUUUAUAAUCAAUUAUAAGCCAGCUGAAGGAGCUGGAUUCUCUGUUUGCGGCUGGCGAGGAGACAAGAGUCUGCGACUCUACAUAAAUAAGCACGACAGGAUUCAUUUCUUGCACCUGAUGGGAGAGCCUCUACCUGAAUGGCUAAAGUGCCUGCAGGCUCUCGUACAGCAUUCAGUGAAAUUCUGUAUUGAAGGAAACAAGUUUCAACGAGUCAAUGCUCUCCAAACACUGUCUUGGAUAGUCUUUGGUCUCGGUGAAAAGUUCACUCCUGAUCAUUGCUAUGAGUUCUUGGACUACAUGUUCGGCUUCGACAGAGCCGAUGAAGAAAUUUCCGAGUUAUGUACAGCUGUUUUUGACCUGACCUCUGCAGAAAAUAAUCAGGCUGUGCGGAUUUUAAGUAUUGCUUUAGUCCUCACUUCUUUAAGCGUGCGCAAUCAGAUGAAGAAAAACAUUCUCGGCGAACGAAUUCUGACUUCUUCUCGAUUCGACGCCCAGAAAAUGCUUCAUAUUUUUGAAACCAUUUCGACAAAAGACGCCUUCGACUCUCUGCCUGUAUCUCUCGGUUCCUUAUGCAUACACAUGUUAGCCGUAAUGCUGCGAAUGGAGCGCCAUCCAAAGCUGAUCAUGCAGCGAAUGUCAUGCCUUGACUCAGCACUUGCACUCGACGGACUUGGUUACGCCAUCGAAAACGAUCUUAGUGAAAAGAUUAACGAAGCGAUGCGUAUUCCUCUCGAGACGCAAACUUCGAGCUGGUCGUCAUUCAUUUUGGGUAGCUCGGAACCCGAGAUGGUCAAAGUGGAAGUUGCUUCUGCGGCGCUAGUCACCCUUCUAACCAUUGUUAAAGUCAAUCGUAACUUUAUUCCUGUACUAUGUCAUUGGAGAGCGCGCGAAGAGUCUGCGCAUGGGAGUCCACCGUUAGCUACCUUUCUCGAAUAUACCUCGCUCGUUCAACAAAACAUGAAAAUCGCGGAGCGCAAAGCCGCCACACGAAUAGCCUUUAUAACACUGUCAAUCAUUACCGAAGACCAUUUCGCCAAUUGUUUCCUGCACGACCAAUCCGUUAAAUUUCGCCUGCGCCUGCACCGCGCGCCAAGCAGACACCGUGCAACAGGCAACGAUGAAGCUUCGCCGAACACAUUCGCCGCUUGGAUACUGCACAUUUGCUGCGAAUUUCUCGUCUCUCAUCUAAUGAAGGACUUUCCCCUCGAUGUCCAUCAAAUGGCACUGGGCGUCAUCCAUCGACUGCUGAUCUACCAAAAGCGUGCCAGGUCGCGACUCAACUUUGACUGGAAGCUUGUUUGGCAGAGCAUCGUCCUUCUCCUUAAAUUCGUUUGCUCAAAUCAGAACUCGCUGAGCAGCCGCCAUGCCGCCUCCCAAAUUCAGAAACUAGUCAAAACAGCACUCAUUGUGAUGAACAUAUUCAUUUGCUGCGGAGACGAGAUCUUCAUGAGCACAGCUCAUUACGAUAAACUCUAUUACGAGCUCAUACGUGUGGCUUCCGUGUUCGACAAAGUCGAGCAAUACGCUUUCUCGCAAUCGCAGAAAACCAGUGAAUUGAAAAACCUUGUAUUCAACAUUCGACAGAUACAGUCUCAUUUUAACAAGAUCCUAGUAAGCUCUCACACGCCUGAACAGAUCCUAGAUAUUAUAAAGGAAAAUUACUCGUGUCUGAGUUUACGACUUCUGGACGGACUGGAAAAUUUCGACAAGCUCAACCACGAGAAUGCCACACCCGAAUCGUCCCCAGCAGAAUUAUUUUUAUACCCAGCGCGAUCGACGUAUCAGUUAGAAAUGUGCACAGUAGAGUUCGACUUCUCUAUCAACGAGCUUACUUCCCAGAUCGAAGGUACCAGCUCGACAACGUCCAGUUCACUUAGAGACAUCGAUGCGAUUUUUCAAGAGACGCUUUCUUCUCACACGAGCACGACGACGAGCAACUCGCCUGAACCUUCUAGUGAUCCGUUUUUCAUAAAUUACGCUGAGUCAUUCGAGCAUCAGCUGCAGCCGACUUACUCUUCUAUGGAUGGUUGUUCUCAACAAAACCAGCUCACACCAUCUUCGACCAGUGAAAUAACAGAAGGCGUUUCAUUCUGUGAAGAGAGAUUUUACGAAGACCCACAAACAAUACAAUCCUUUCAGAACUCAAUUUAUCCUGAAGUUGACGCGAGUUAUGGAGCAUACCAACAAUAUGAUUACGGAACUGGAAAUAAUAUGAUAAGCAAUGCUCAAAUGCCCUGCUCAUCCUUGAUGGCGACUUCUAAUAAGCCGCUCGUUCGAAAUCAACGAAGACACAAUUGCGACUUGGAGAAGAAGAGAAUCCACAAAUGCGCAUAUCCUGGCUGCACAAAAGCGUAUACGAAGUCGAGCCAUUUGAAGGCACACGAACGAACGCAUACUGGAGAGAAACCUUACAGAUGCAAUUGGAAUGGAUGUUCUUGGCGUUUUGCGAGAAGUGAUGAGCUUACCAGACAUAUGAGGAAACACACAGAUACUCCCGCCUCCAAACGGAAAGCAAAGCCAUUUCAGCGGAUGCUUAUUCUAGGAGACAUUGGCUCCGGAAAAACUACAAUUUUUCAGCAGAUACAGCAUCUGUACACACCAAUUUACAUCACGAGAAGAAAGAAAAUGAUGCUUGAAGACGUAAAAAACGCGCUUAUGGAGACAAUUUGGACAUUAUUAAGAUACUUGGCGGAGGAAAAUAUCCCCCUUGAAUCUCCGCAAGCAGAGCGAUCUCAGGAGUUCUUUCUUCAACUUGCGAUGGUCGAUUACAAUCCAAACAAGUCGGCUUGCGACGAUGUUGAGACUUACUUCGAUCAUGUGACGACAAUUUGGUCUGAUUCCUCUAUUCAAAGAUUCUAUAAUAAAGACGGAAAUGGAAGUCAAGUCACGUGCCAAGUAACAAUAAAAGACGAAGAAGGGUACGAUACAAUUGCACAAUCGCAAGAUACUUGGGAGACGGCGAUAAAAACGGAGCAGGAAACGCUGCUAAAUACAAAACUCCAGAUCACAGAUUUGCCAGGCGAUUGGGGGCACAGAGGAAAAUGGAUCCAAUACUUCAAUAAAAUCGACAGCGUUAUUUACACAGUCGAUAGCUCAGCUUACGACAUUGAGUCUGAGUCUGGCAUAGUCGAAAACGCGCUUCGAAACUCGCUGGAGAUCUUCAAGAGACUCUGGCACAAUCGAUGGCUCAAGAAUGUCUCUUACAUUGUCGUUUUGAACAAGAUCGACCUGCUCGCAGAGAAGUUGAGAGUCGACGAUAGCUUCGCGAUCGAGUUUCCCGAGAGCAUCGAUCAUUACUAUUCAUCGGUCGCCGAGCCGGAAUUGGCCGAGCGAUUUCAAGAUCCUGAGCUGGCUAGGAUCAUUAGCUUUAUUCGAAAAAUGUUCACUGAUGUUGCCUUACACGAUUACGCCGAAUUCGACCGCCUAGAAUGCCACCUUGUCACUGCUAUUUCCCUAGACGACGUGGAGUUCAUGUUCAACACGAGCCUUUUGCAAAUGCAAGAUAAAUACAUCAAUUACAAACGCGAAGAACAACGGAAAAACUCCACUGCUGCUAGCUGUAAAACCUAA